AUGGACAGUAGCACAGUGGACUUGUGUUUUGUAGUCCGACAAGUCAACAUUUCAAAUACGUUUUGUAAAAAACAGCCGUCGUGUUCUCCAGACCAAAGAGGAAAAGGACCUUCCAAGCUGUUAUCUGCGUCAGGUCAAAAAGUCAGCAUCUGUCAUGGACCCAAUUGUAGGACGCGUCCCACUGAUGUUGUGUUCAUCAUAGACAGCUCACGUAGUGUACGGCCAUCUGAAUUUGAGCAGGCUAAAGUCUUCCUGUCCCAAGUCAUCGAGUCUCUGGAUGUUGGGGUCAAUGCCACUCAUGUUGGCAUUAUUAACUAUGCCAGCUCAGUCAAGAAUGAGUUCUCCCUCAAAACUCAUAAAACCAAGGCUGCACUACUUCAGGCAGUAAAAAAAAUCCAGCCUCUGUCCACUGGAACAAUGACUGGCCUCGCCAUACAAUAUGCCAUUAACCAUGCGUUUACAGAGGCUGAAGGGGCCAGAGUAAAAUCUCCAGAUAUCAGCAAGGUUGCUAUUGUGGUGACUGAUGGUCGCCCACAGGAUGGUGUGAAAGACAUUUCUGCCAGAGCACGAGAAAGUGGAUUGGAGAUAUAUGCCAUAGGAGUGGGACGUGUUGACCUAAACACCCUGCGUCAAAUUGCCAGUGAACCCUUAGAUGAACAUGUGGAUUAUGUGGAAAGCUACAGUUUGAUUGAGAAGCUCAGCAAAAAAUUCCAGGAGGCCUUUUGUGCAAUUACUGAUCUCUGCUCUACUGGAGACCAUGACUGCCAACAGAUCUGUGUCAGCGCACCAGGAUCCUACUCCUGUGCCUGCAGAGAGGGCUUCACCCUCAAUGAGGAUGGGAAGACCUGCAAUGCAUGUGGAGCUUCUGCCAUUGACCUGGUGUUCCUGAUUGAUGGGUCCAAGAGUGUACGCCCAGAAAACUUUGAGCUAGUUAAGCAGUUUGUCAACCAAAUUGUUGAGUCUGUAGAUGUGGGAGAGAAAAGGGCCCAUGUAGGUCUGGUACAAUACUCCAGCUCUGUCAGGCAAGAGUUCCCACUUGGCAGAUACAAUUCCAAGAAGGAUAUUAAGUCAGCUGUGAAAAAGAUUUCCUACAUGGAAAAAGGCACCAUGACUGGGCAGGCCAUCCAGUACCUCAUUGACAACAGUUUUGCAAUUUCUAACGGAGGCAGACCAGGGGUGUCCAAGGUCGGCAUUGUCUUCACAGAUGGUCGAUCCCAGGAUUAUAUAAAUGAAGCUGCCAUCAAGGCCAAGGAAUUAGGGUAUAAGAUGUAUGCAGUGGGUGUGGGUAAUGCUGUUGAGGAUGAACUCAGGAUGAUUGCUUCAGAGCCAGUGGCUGAACAUUCAUUCUACACAGCUGACUUCAAGGCCAUAAAGGAGAUAGGCAAAAAGCUACAAGUGAAGAUUUGUGUUGAGGAAAACCCAUGUGAAUGUGAAGCCAUUGUAAAGUUCCAGACCAAGGUUGAAGAGCUCAUCCAGUCGCUAACAAAGAAAAUUGAAGCAGUGUCUAAGAGAAUCACAGCCUUGGAGAACAAAAUCACUGUGUGAGCCCCUCUCCCCUUGUACUCCAGUCCUUCGUCUCCCUCACGGAGUCCAUCUACUCUUCAUUACCCUGGUUGCUAGGCCUCUGUCUCAUGGCCCAAGGACCCUUACAUCCCUCUCACAACAACACAGGGACAAUGUGAGCCACGAUUGGAUGCCAGCUUUUUAGCUCUUUCAUCAAAGAGAGGGGACAUACUACAUUCUGUGAAAUAUACUGAACAAACAAUUACCAUGUACUGAGGGGAAAAUGUAAUACUUUAUAUAAAGUAAACACAUAUAAAUCUAUA